UAUAACAAAUAUGCAUCACUCCCAUGCCCUAGCCGUCUAGGUCACCAUCUGUACUUGAUGAAUUCGGAUUCUAUCAGGCAAAACCUUUUGAAUUGCACAAAGAUGCAUACCAUUUCAUCAGUUCCAUGUAUAUACAUAGAAUUCCUUCGGUAUGCUGGCAACUUGGCCAGCUGGUCGUGGAACGGACCAGUAGAUUGUUGGAAAUGCGAAAAAAAAGGCAAGUAUUGCAGACGGAGUAGUAGCAACAACAGCAAGAAGUAUGAAACCGAAUGCUUUAACCCUAAGCCACCAACAACAAGAGGUGAAGCGAAAGCCCCACUUGUUACAGGACUGAUCCCACUUGGCAUUUUUCUUCUUGUUUUACUUGCCAUAGCUACAUAUUUUACCCAUAGAUCCGUCAUUUUAAAGAAAGAGGAUCAAGUAAAGGUUGAAAGAUUUUUAGAGAAUUACAGAGCUCUCAAGCCUACAAGGUACACAUAUGCUGAGAUAAAGAAAAUCACUCAAAAUUUUAAGGAAAAACUCGGCCAAGGAGGUUUUGGAACAGUUUACAAGGGAGAGCUUUGCAAUGAUGUUCCUAUCGCAGCCAAGAUCCUCAACAACUUCACUGGUAAUGGAGAUGACUUCAUCAACGAAGUGGGAACAAUAGGUACGAUCCACCACGUCAAUGUGGUUCGCUUGGUCGGAUAUUGUGCUGAUGGGUAUAAAAAAGCUCUUGUUUACGAGUAUUUGCCGAAUGAUUCUCUAGAGAAGUUCAUAUCAACGGAUCAUAAAAAAGCUUCACUUGGUUGGGAGAAGCUCCAAGAUAUUGGUAUAGGCAUAGCCAAAGGAAUUGAAUAUCUUCAUCAAGGGUGUAAUCAAAGAAUCCUUCAUUUCGAUAUUAAGCCUCAUAACAUCUUGUUAGACAAAAAUUUCAUUCCAAAAAUCUCUGAUUUUGGGCUAGCCAAGUUGUGCUCGAAAGAACAAAGCGUUGUAUCCAUGACAGCUGCUAGGGGAACCGUGGGUUAUAUUGCACCGGAGGUGUUCUCUAGGAACUUCGGCAAUGUGUCACACAAGUCAGAUGUCUAUAGUUUUGGAAUGUUGUUGCUUGAAAUGGUUGGAGGGAGGAAGAAGAACAUUGAUGUUCGUGCAGAAGAAAAUAGCGAUGAAGUUUAUUUUCCUGAAUGGAUUUAUAAUCGUUUAAAUCGCGAAGAAGUAAACAACAAUGAAGUUGAGGAAGGAGAAGAUGCCAAGAUUGUUAAGAAGCUAACAGUUGUAGGACUUUGGUGCAUCCAGUGGUACCCAAGAGAUCGGCCAUCAAUGAAAACUGUGGUUCAAAUGCUUGAGGGAGAUGGAGAUACUUGGGGCAUGCCCCCGAAUCCCUUUUCUACCACCAAUGGGUCAAUUACAAGGGGAAACAUGGGCGGAAGGCAUUUUAGCAGUAUCUUAGAGAUAAUUUCUGAAUCCGAUUGAGAGAAGUACUGUUGCAUAAUUGGACAGAGUUUUUGGGGGAGUCAAAUGCGCUAUCUUUUGUUUGUGAGUAUCGUGCAGAAGUUUAAUUUGGACUCAUCUAUUGUUGUACCCU